CCUCUCGACGUCGGGGGGAGGGAGGGGCGUGGCCAAAAGGGGCGGAGCUUGCGAGGCGAAGAUGGACCCGGUGCUUUACGUCUUGGCGGCGGCGCUGCUGGCGGCGCUUCUCGUCUUCGUCAGCCGCGUCAGGGGACAGGCGCGCGCGGGUAGGACGCGGGGGGGGGGGAGGCGAGUUCUCUACCUGGUCCGCAAGGGGGGGGCGGAAUCUCCCACCUGCUUGGAAAGGGGGGGGGGAGGAAGGUUGUGGGAAAGAGAAGCCUAUGGGGGGAGUCCUAAUACGUAUAAUAAUAUAUUAUAAUUGUAUUAUAGUAUAGUAUAGUGUAGUGUAGUGUAGUGUAGUGUAGUGUAGUGUAAUGUAAUAUAAUAUAAUAUAAUAUAAUAUAUAAUAUAAUAUAAUAUAAUAUAAUAUAAUAUAAUAUAAUAUAAUAUAAUAUAAUACUUGACAACAUUUUUAAGAGCUUUUUCCCCUUUGGGGUGGGUUUCUGAAUAAGACUGCCUCUGAGCAUGUGCCGAGUGCCUCUUCCUUUCCUCCCAAUCUCUUUUUUUUUAAAUGAUAUUUAUUAAAAUUUCAAAAGAAAAAGAUUACAUUAAUAAGAAAAUUAACAAGAAAAAGGAAAAAUACAAAGUACAAAAAAGAAAAAACAGUUAAAAACAAUUCCAUCUUUUCAUCACUUCUCUUACAUUUACUUGUUUCCCGUCCUUUCCUCCCAAUCUCAUGGCUGAUACCCAUUCCCCAGCCCCAGAGGCUGCUUUUCGCUUCCUCGUGCAACCCAGUCAGAUGGGUGGCUGCGUGUUGUUCUUAUCAGUGCUUUUCUCUAAAAAAAUAUUUAGAGUUACUUUCAUUUUCCUACUCAUAUUGAAACACUGCCGCUCAAUGAGGCCAAACUUAGAUCCACAAAAUGUUUAGGGGGAUGUGUACCCCUGCAUCAUCCCCCCAAACAAAAAAAAAGCGCUGAUAUUGUUACUAUUAUUGCUUCUGCUACUGAAUGCGGUGUGCUGUAUCAAUAAGUUUUUUCCUGCAUUUCUAGUCUCCUCUCUGCCAAGUUAGGGCCAUCCUGUUAGGAUGCAACAGAUUGUAAUGGAUUGCUUUGAAGUCACUUCAGCGCCAGAUUUUUUAAAAAAUAAAAUAAAAUCGGUCACCACUCGCCCCGCCCUGUCCUGUAUUUUGCCAGAACAAAAGGUGGCAACCCUGCACACAGAGUGCCUCACACAGGAUGGAGUCGGCCCAUUACAUUAUUAUUAUUAUUUAUUAAAUUUGUAUACCAUCCAUCAUCUGAAGAUCUCAGUGUGCUUCGCAACGUAAAAUUACAAGAUAUAAUGUAAUUUUAAACAGUGGAUAUAAUCACAGCUGCACGCCUUACUGUGCUUUAGCUGUGCUGGCAGUGCUCACCAGAAAUUUAAAAAAAAAACCACUCUUAUUAGAUGCACACAUGCAUGCACUUUGGGUUCUGCUGUAUUUGAGGGCACAUCAAUCAAGUGUUUAGAGCAUCUGCCCCUGUUGCCCCGAAACGAGCCUUUUUAAGCAAUUCCACCCUGAACCACAAAGAGGUGCACCAGACCCGGGCAUCCGGUAUUUGAACUCUGUGCCCCGUAUAGAUGGGGGGGGGGGACGACAGAGAAGCCAGAAAUUAUUUCUGGUCCUUUCUGCGGGAGUUACUGUACGUCUGACAUCCCUUCUUCGUGGCACUUCACGGCAGAUCAUUAAUGACGUCUCAGGCAUCCACGUCAGCAGACUUGACAUUUCGCAAGCCAAGGGGGGCUUAGUUGGGUAUUUGAAUCUGAGGCGUUGCAGGAUGUUGUGCAGCAGGAGGGAAAAGAUAACUGCACAAUUGCACAACUCCAUGCGUCUAGGACACUUCUGUGCAUGUGUGCGCAUGCGCGCGCGCACACACACCACUUUUACACUUGUGGGAUAUGUUGCAUAUAACUCUGGGGCAGGGGACAGAGCACAGGGCAUUUUCUGAGUGCGGAAAACCCAAUCCUUGACAUCUCCAGGUUGGACCGGGGUUGCCCCUAGACUGCAGCUGCUAAUAAUAAUAAUAAUAAUAAUAAUAAUUUUUAUUUAUAAACCACCAUCCCCAGCCAAGACUGGGCUCAGGGCGGCUAACACCAAAUAUAAACAAAAUUGAUUGAAAUACAGCUUUAAAAACAAGAUUCAAAUACAACAUUAAAACAUUAAAAUGCAACCUCAUUUCAGUGGAAACUCAAUCAAAAACUUUUGGGGGGAUAAAAAAACGUCAAGUCUUCACCAAGGCUAACUAUCCAGACUGGUCCUACAUGGGCCAGAAAAAAGCCAGGGAUCAGUGUAGACAAUACUAACCUAAAUGUGCCAAUUGGCUCAUGGCAGCUUCCUGUGUUCCUGUGCCCCCUCCCGUUAACAAAGAGACCCUACCUUUGGAAACAAAAAUAAGAUAAGAUAUAUAUAUCACACCCAAGCCACACAAAGUUCUUUGUUUCGGUUCAGCACUGAGGCCGAGAAAGAGUUCUGUGAAAUUCAAAAGCUAGCUCACUGCUUUGUAGUUUUAGUUGGUCCUGUUGAUUUAUUUACAAUCUGCCAUCAUCAUUAUUAUUAUUAUUAUUAUUAUUAAAAUUUGUCUACCGCCCUUCAUCCAUAGAUGUCAGGGCAGUUCCUAAUGGGGUAUCAUGAUAAGGUACCUGUUUUGAUUUUUCCCCCCAACCCCCAGUAGCCAAAACUACUGCAUGCAUUUGUGUCCACUUCAGGCAAAGUUUUUCUGCACUGGAAAAGUACAAAAGUUAGCUGUAUAGGAGAGAAAAUCCUAGAGCUCAGGCGAGAUUGCUUUCUGUCACCUAAUGAUGGGACUAAAUUUCAUCUCCCAUUUUGCAAUAAAAAAAAAUUUCCGUCCUUCUGCUGUCUUCCUUUGAAGGGGCCUGUGGGUUCCAGUUAGUGCUGGAGUCAGAUUCAAGUUACUGCUGCCUUUUUAUUAUUAUUCUCAAAGGGAUUGUGGCCAUUGCUUCUUGGUCUCAGAAUGCCUUGCUGCAACCUUUCAGGGCACAAGCUUUUAUUGGUCUGCAGAAUUCUUUCCUGACUCUCCACCUUUACACUCUUUGCAUAGUGCAGGUAGGUCUUUUUUUUUUUUUUAAUGAUAUUUAUUAAAGUUUCACAAAGAAAAAAAUCACAUCAACAAAAAAGAAAAAUUCAAGAAUAUAAAGAAAAGUACACAAACAAAAUACAAAAAUAAAAAAGAAAAACAGUUAAAAACAAUUCCAUCUUUUCAUCACUACUUUUAGAUUUACUUGUUUCCUGGACCUCCUCAUACCUCCCUCUUUUGUAUUCCAAUUCAGUUUGUUUGUCCAGCAAUUCCUUUCCCUCCUUUUUAAUCCCAGUCCUUAAUCUUAAUAUAAUAUAACAUUAAAUUUUUACCAAUUAAAAACCAAUUUUCCAUUCUUUUAACCUUUUUAAUCCUAAUCCUUAAUGUUAAUCUAUUUAUAACUUUAAAGCCUAUACAGCUAGAAGCCACUUAAUUUCAAUCCAAAAUCACUCUAACAUUCAUUAAUUUUGCAAUAUUUCUGUAAAUAAUCUUUAAAUUUCUUCCAAUCUUCUUCCACCGACUCUUCUCCCUGGUCACGGAUUCUGCCAGUCAUUUCUGCCAAUUCCAUGUAAUCCAUGGUCUUAUACGAUGUGUCUUGAUGGUAGCAUCUUCCCUCUCCCCUUUUUGUUUUAACAUCAAGGCUGCAGGAGAGUUCAGUAAAACUCAAAAGCCAGUUCACUUGUGAUUGGGGGGGGGGGGGUGCAGCGGCAAGCCAACGAAGUUGCUAUGACGCUGUUCUUAUUUGGAUAUUUCCGUGAAGCACAUGCAAAAUAAAAUUUAAAAAAUCAUGUGGUCCUUUAUCCACAUCCUGGCAGUGUGUAUCCGUGAAGGACUAUUUUCUUAGAUAAAUAAUUUCCACACAGAAGUUUCUGUAGUUUUGUGCGAGUGUUGGAAGUUCACUCUGGGGCUACCAUUUUCAUUCCAUUUUAAUAUCCAAUUCUAGCAAGUUUUUUUUACUAUCAGUCCUUUUAUAGUGUGCCCAACGGCCAACAAAGCUGAAUAUUAACUGAACAACAAAUUGUAAAACAUCAGAAGAAAUAGGUAAUAAAAUUAUGUGGGGUUUUUUACAGAUAAAAUGAAUAUGUAGCAACUGUACUCCUAAUCCUAUUAUUAUUAUUAUUAUUAUUAUUAUUAUUAUUAUUAUUAUUAUUUCAAUACUGCCCUUCAUCUGAAGAUCACAGGGUGGUUUACAAUAUAAAAACACAUACCAUAGUAACAGACAAACAAAAUACCCCCACCCACACAUUUUAAAAGGCCAUAGAUUAGUUAAUUAGCCAUAGGCCUGGGAGAAGAGGAAUGCUUUUGCCAGGCACCCAAAGAUCCUGAGUGAAGGUAUAUAAGGCAAGCAUUCCACAAACAGGGAGCCACUGCAAUUAGAUGAACUUUAGAAGUUGAAUUUAAGUGCAGGCAUAACAGGCGACAUUUAGAAUUACAGCUGUAGUCCCUAAUAUAUGUGUAUAUACUGUAUAUUCUAAGCCCAUAGCCCAGUUUGCUGUAGAAACCAUUACUUUACUCAGAUGAACUUUGUGUGGCUGAUCAUGCAGGGCACAAGGAAGAAGACAUUUUCCACUUCCUCAGACCCACACAGUCAUGGAUGCGCUGCAACAGGGAUUCCUGCCGCGCGUUUUGAAAUAAGCAAAGUAAUACAUGUUGCUACCUAAAACAGCCUCCCGCCUCUCCCCUUAAGAACCUUAAUUCAGGAGUCUAAAAAUUACCUGAUUAAAGCACUCCUUUAUUUAUUUAUUUAUUUAUUUAUUUAUUAUUGGUACUUCUCACAAGAGACGAGGCAGGCAAGACCCACCUUGUCUUCUGAUGGGAGCGGUUCAAAGUGUCUUGUAAAUAUUACCCCAGCAAGUAGAGGCAAGAUUCAUCAAGGGAAGUAAUAGUGCCACUGUAUUCUGCUCUGGUCAGACCUCACCUGGAGUACUGUGUCCAGUUCUGGGCACCACAGUUCAAGAAGGACACUGACAAACUGGAACGUGUCCAGAGGAGGGCAACCAAAAUGGUCAAAGGCCUGGAAACGAUGCCUUAUGAGGAACGGCUAAGGGAGCUGGGCAUGUUUAGCCUGGAGAAGAGGAGGUUAAGGGGUGAUAUGAUAGCCAUGUUCAAAUAUAUAAAAGGAUGUCACAUAGAGGAGGGAGAAAGGUUGUUUUCUGCUGCUCCAGAGAAGCGGACACGGAGCAAUGGAUCCAAACUACAAGAAAGAAGAUUCCACCUAAACAUUAGGAAGAACUUCCUGACAGUGAGAGCUGUUUGACAGUGGAAUUUGCUGCCAAGGAGUGUGGUGGAGUCUCCUUCUUUGGAGGUCUUUAAGCAGAGGCUUGACAACCAUAUGUCAGGAGUGCUCUGAUGGUGUUUCCUGCUUGGCAGGGGGUUGGACUCGAUGGCCCUUGUGGUCUCUUCCAACUCUAUGAUUCUAUGAUCGUGCUGGUUCCAUCAGUGCAAGGACUUUUGGCUGCAUGCCAGAACUGUACCCCUUUUCUCCCUGUGUGUCCCCAAAAUCUGUUUUUGGGGCUUCCCCAACAGAUUCUGAGAGAGUGCAGAGUGCAACGGAGAAGCUUGGGGGUGGGUGGGGAGGGCUGCAUAAAUGGAAGUCCUUGUGCUCACAGAAAAAACACGCAGAAUACCACUCCAGGUCUGAAAGCACUGUUGCAGUUUGCUCCUUGGAAUAUCCUGACUUUCUCCAAUAGCAUAAAACGCUGAGAAACCUCAGGGCGUAUUUCUAAAUUCCCGGCUUAACACGGGUGGCGCUGUGGGUUAAACCACAGAGCCUAGCACUUGCAGAUUAGAAGGUCGGCGGUUCGAAUCCCCGCAAUGGGGUGAGCUCCCGUUGCUCGGUCCCUGCUCCUGCCAACCUAGCAGUUUGAAAGCACGUCAAAGUGCAAGUAGAUAAAUAGGUACCACUCAGGCGGGAAGGUAAACGGCGUUUCCAUGCGCUGCUCUGGUCCGCCAGAAGCAGCUUAGUCAUGCUGGCCACAUGACCCGGAAGCUGUACGCCGGCUCCCUCGGCCAAUAAAGUGAGAUGAGCGCCGCAACCCCAGAGUCGGCCACGACUGGACCUAAUGCUCAGGGGUCCCUUUACCUUUACUGAAUACUUAACAUGUCGGCUCUGCCAUUGGUUUUCCUGUUUGUAGAGUUGCAGCUAGCAGGGGAAAUCAGAUUUUCAGAUGCAUCGCCGUCUCGAUCUCUGCUGAGCAGUGCUUUCUGGGGCAUUUGGGUUGUAAUCCUAUACAGCAGAAGAGAUGAACCUGUUUACCCCCUGCCCCGUGAGGUUCUUGGACUCCCAACUCCCAUCAGCCCCAGCCAGCAAGGCCAAUGGCCUUGAUGACGUUGGAUGCAGUCGUUCCACAACAUCUGGCCACAGGAUUCCCCACCCCUGCUAACCUCAGUCGCCUGAACUCAAUGGGACUUGCUUCUAAGUAGACAUGCAUAGGAUUGAGCUGUGUGUCCUGUGGGUGGUGCCAUUGAGCCAUGAGUUCAGUACGCAUUUAACUCCAUGCUUAGGGUGCGCCGUUACAUUCUUUUCAAAAGCAUUUUGCGCACAAAUUCCUUAGUAAUAGUACUGAAGCAAAAGACUCGGUUCUGAAUAAGCUAGCUGUGGUGGAGACACAGUCAAAGAUGUUCCCUUUCUCUAGGUGAUGAGGAGCACCAGCAGAAUGUGGCGGCCGUUGUUGCAGCUGGCAGGCCUCAACCCCACACCAGCGAGCGGGGAGAGGGGAUGCCCCGACGUCGGAGGAACCUGGGGAACAGGGUGCUGGUUCAGAGACGCUCGCAGCAGGCAGAGGAUGCGGCAGAAGGUAACCGAUGCAAACAGCUUCUCCUUGUCAGAUUAGUUUUUGGCUAUUCGAAGAGUCUGUUCAACCCUUCUCGUCCAGCAUCCCAUCUCCAUCCACAGUGGCCAACUAGGACCCAUGUGCUCGCUUCACAAAUGUCUGUUUAUAGCAUCUACACUCCACCUUUUGAGGAUCCAAGACAAUGCACCACGGCGGUUAAAAAAUGUACAGUGAUCCAGUUUGGACGCUAAUGCCAAGUCAAAUCGUGACCAAAUGCGAACAAGCAAAGGUCAGGGUACUCAGAGCAGAAAUGGCAGCCGCUUCGCUCUUUCCUUUCUGUUGCCAUUCUGCUGAGAGUAAAGCCAUGGUUUGGCUUAGCAUGAACAUCCGAAUGCAGGCUUGCGGUUUGCAUGAACCCAAGUUUGGACAUAACACUAAGACCAAACCACGGCUCAGCUUUGGGUAGCGUGGCAGCGCUGCGAUUUCCACCCUUGCGUCUCCACAUGCUUGGUUGUUCACGCUAAACCAUGGUUUGGUUUAACAUUACGUGCUCACUGUUUUACUAUGCGGCCUAGGACCCAUGUACCUACAGGACCGCCUCUCCUGGUAUGCCCCGCGGAGGACCUUAAGGUCCACAAAUGACAACAUUUUGGAGGUCCCAAGUUGCACGGUGGUUUGAUUGGUCUCAACUAGGGCCAGGGCCUUUUUAGUAGUGGCCCCAACUUGGUGGAACGCUGUGUCACAAGAGACCAGGGCCCUGCGGGACUUGACAUCUUUCCGCAGGGCCUGCAAGACAGAGCUGUUCCGCCUGGCCUUUGGUUUGGACCCAGUCUGACCCUUAUGUUUCCCUCCCCUUAUGGUCUUGAUUUAUCAGCUGCUUUUACAGUGAGGCUACAUUUUAAAUUGCAUUUUAACCUGUAUUUUAAAUUGGUUGGUUUUUGUGUGUAUGUGUUUUCCUAUUACGUUUUUAUUGUAAUUUUACUGGUGUUAGCUGCCCUGAGCCCGGCUCUGGCCGGGGAGGGCGGGGUAUAAAUAAAAUUUAUUAUUAUUAUUAUUAUUACUACUACUACUACUACUAUGCCAGUAAAAUUGCAAACAAUUAUUACAAAAUCUAUUAUUGUUGUUAUUAUUAUUACUAUUAUGCCAGUAAAAUUGUAAACAGCACUAAAUCUGGAAUACAAAAGCAGCUGAGCCAGCUGACAAAUAUCAGUAUUCUAGGAAUAUCACCUCCAGAUUCAUGAUAGAUCAUCUAAAAACAGGCAGCUUUCACAUAGCACUGGGGCCAUUUUCUGGUUUGGCCACAACUGUGUAGCAGGCGAUAAUCUAUGCCGGAGUUUGAAUGUGGGAUAGGAAAUGGAUCUUGCAGUUCUCCCCAGGCCACAUGCCUCGGCCACACCCUCUUCCCCAGGCCACGCUCCCUCACCUGCUUUGCCUCACAUCCUCCUUGGGUGUUUUUGCCUGGCUGGAAAGUGCCCUUGAGCUCUGGCCAUGCUUCUUGUUUCUCUGGGUGGAAGAUAGAGAGGGUGCAUGGGAAAGUGUGUUCAAAAUAGCCUACCGUAGAAAGGUACAUUUUAAAUUAUUAUUAUUUAUUAUUUAUACCCCGCCCAUCUGGCUGGGUUUCCCCAGCCACUCUGGGCGGCUUCCAACAGAACACUAAAAUACAAUAACCUAUUAAACAUUAAAAGCUUCCCUAAACAAGGCUUCCUUCAGAUGUCUUCUAAAAGUUUGGUAAUUAUUUUUCUCUUUGACAUCUGGUGGGAGGGCAUUCCACAGGGCGGGCACCACUACCAAGAAGGCCCUCUGCCUGGUUCCCUGUAACUUGGCUUCUCGUAGUGAGGGAACCGCCAGAAGGCCCUCGGAGCUGGACCUCAGCAUCCGGGCAGAACGAUGGAGGUGGAGACGCUCCUUCAGGUAUACUGGACCAAGGCUGUUCAGGGCUUUAAAAGCACAUAUUCCUUCCUUCACCCUGCCAUGUGGCCCCCGGAAUGUUCCUCCAAUGGAAUUGCGGCCCUCGGGCUGGAAAAACAGAUUUCCCUGCUCCAGAGAUGGGAGAUGGUGGCUCCCAGCAUAUACAUAGAGUCAGUAAGAGAAGUUCCUAGGGGAGGGAGUCAUGGGUUAAUGUAGAUCAGGAGCCAUUGGUUAUGUUGAUAACUCCACACUGAGAAGUCCUUGCCACUGCAGCCAGCUUGCCACGCGGCCUGGAACAGUUCUGUUGGUGGGAACUUGCACAACCGCUGGAAUGGAAGGUGCUUUCUUUGCUGCGAAAUUGGUAGCACAUAAAAAGCGUGCAAGCUUGCCUUCCCUCUUUGAAAGGGGACUGUGCUUUCCCACUUUGAAAGUGGCAGAGCCUCGUCUUUGAUCUGCACGAUCCGUUCGCCUGCUGAAUUCACGAUUGCGUUUUAGCGGCGCACAGAUGGCAAAUUGACAGCUCUGAACUUUUCAACUUGGGGUGGAACUCUUUGAAGUGCGAAGGCAUUUCAAAAAGAGUGAAAUAAGAAAAAAGCGCUUUUGAUGUUUUCAGGCCAGGCUGCUUAUAAUUUCUGUCAAAUUACCAAACCCAUUGAAGUAAUCUCGGAGGCACGGCGCUGCUUGUGUUGAAUCUUUCAGUUCAGCGAAGGAGUUCACCACUGGGGAUUGAGUCGAGGCUGCAUUAGGCUUGAGUCACUUGCCCGCUGACCAGGCCAAUGCCAUAAGUUGGCUCCCUGCUUUUUGACCAUGGCUGCUCGAUAUUGUCAGACACGUCGCAAAGUAAAAAAUAUUUUGACCUAGUUCAUAAGGAACAGUUGUUUAGGGAAGUUUUUAACGUUUGAAGUUUUAGUCUGUCUUUAGUGUUCUGUUGGGAGCCGUCCAGAGUGGCUGAGGAAACACAGCCAGAUGGGCGGGGUAUAAAUAAUAAAAUUAUUAUUAUUAUUAUUAUGCACGUAUGGGGAACCUGUGUCUCUCCUGAUAUUUUUGGAGUGCAGGUUCCAUCAUCCUUGGUCACUGACCAUGCCUGCUGAGGCUGAUGGGAGUUUGAAUCCACAACAUCUGGAAGUUCACUUCCCCACCUGUAGCUACAUAAUUUAGCUUUGGGCUUGUAGGCUCCUCCCUUGCGGUUGCAACAAGGAGACUGGAAGCUUCCCACCACCCCGUCCCCUGGCAGCAGCUUGUCAGACUUUGAACCUUGCAUAAACCAUGGUUUACAUAUGGAUAAACCAUGGUUAAAUCUAACUUCAGAUCCUGGUUCGGAUGUAGCAAACGUUGGUUAGUUGAAAACGGAAGCAGGCGCUUCCAUCCUCCUCCUCGCAGCUGUUCUGUGGGAGGAGAGAAGACAGAGAAGGCUUGUGGAUGUUAAACCACAGUUUAGUGUUACACCAAAAUCUCAUUUGGGAAUAAGUGGCAGCCUAACUUUCUGAUUGUGUUGUGGGGUCAUCUGAUGAGAGUGGCAACAGUAAGGGUGAGAGUCCCUCAUACACGGACCCUGCAAGAGUCAGGAUCACACUUGAAUACACCCUUCGUUCAGGAGCAAAUACACACACCCCAACACACACACAGUUAAGCCACACAUCGCCUUAAGGUCUCCUUUGGCCUUGUGUUGCAAAUGCCAGAAUCUCUGAACAGAAACAAGAACACAGAACCAGUCGUCGCAACAGGGCAGGUUUCCUAUAGUGAUGCAGGCUUAUUUCAGAACUGGGGGUUCAGAAUAUGAACCCCUCUAGUUUGGGAAGCUGCAACCUGUUAUGAACCGGGUUCAGACUCCUCCCAAUGCAGCCAGCCUUCUUUUCCAGGUCUCCCACUCCACAACCAGCUCACAACUGAUAAGGAGUAAAGUGUUAUUAGUUAAGCCUUGCUGCCCUCUUCCCAAUUCCCAAGUAUGUUCAAGAGUUAUCGUUUCUUGGAGUCCUGAAUCUUUGCCUCCUGAUUCAGGUCAUUCUCUCUGUCCAUCAUCUGAUUAGGGUUGGGUGAUACAUCAAUAUCCAAAACCAGUUUGAAGUCCAUAUUGUGAUAGGAGUUUCAUAAUUUCUGACUCUGCAAUAUAUCGCAUAUCAUGAUGUGCGUGUGUGCACUAUGAAGAAAUCAUGCCAUAUUGGUAUUUUUUGCAAUGUUUACCUGGUGAUACAUCAUGAUGUCAAAAACCAGGUAUCGCCCAGCCCUAACGCCAAUAUUUUUUGUGUUAAGAUAGAUUCCCCUCCAACCCAUUCAAAGGUUCUCUAAGGAGCCGGCAAUAAAUAUUCAGCGAAACAGAUGAACAAUUUAUAACUACCCUAUAUAAAUAGCCUAAAAUCAGAAUCUUUCGCGCAUGAAUAGCAUCACGUCCCAGCCCCCAGGAAAGACUUAAGAAGUUUCCUGAAAGACAGGUAGGAACCAGCCAAGUUGGCCCCCUGUUGUGCGAUCCCUUUGAUAAUGGGCUCUCUCUCGUUACUUUUUCAUUUUCUCUUCUUAAUCAUUUAAUAUCCUUAUGCAGAGGAGAACGAUGGAGCCGAAGCAGCUGAAUCCCAGUUUUCUGGGAAGGUUGGAGCAAAGAAACAGCGGAAGCUAGAGGAGAAGCAAGCCAGGAAGGCUCAACGGGAGGUGAGUGUUCUCCAGAGUUUGCAAAGUAGGGAUAAGGAACUUCAGGCUUGCUUGCAGGCCAAUCGCAGCCCUGCAGGAUUCCCCCUUCAUGGACCUGGUUUGCAUGACUCCCUCCAAGGCAUACACCUCACAAGCCUUUAUUUGUACCCGAACCGCUUUUGCGUGGCUGGAAUGUGAUACUUGUCUGGAUGGGGGAUAGAGAGAGGUUUGUGAGUGUAUUUCGUUUCAUUCCACUAUCAUUAUUAUUAUUAUUAUUAAUAUUAUUAUUAUUAUUAAAUAAAUAUUUUAUUUGAUUUCCCAAAAUAUAAACGUACAACACAAAACAGUACAAAAUCCAAAUAUCGAUAUUGCUCUGAAUCUCCUGACUUCCCCCCAAACCUUCCAUGGGUCCUAUUGAUUCUAUUUUCAACUGCAUAUCAGUACUUCUCCAAUUUUUCAUCUUCCUAGAUUAUCUAUCUGUUCUGUUGCAUUACAAGUGUAUUUAAAAUCCUCCUAAGGUUUUGACCUGUUUACAAUGAUUUUGUAUAUACAUUAUAAACAUUUCCCAUUCUUUUUAAAAUUUCUUGUCUUCUUGAUUCCUCAGCUUCCCAUUUAAUUUUGCCAUUUUGGCAUAGUCCAUCAACUUCAUUUGCCAUUCCACUCUGGUCAGGGUUGUCUCUUCCUUCCAUCUCAGAGCUAGUAAUUUCUUCUUCUUCUUCUUCUUCUUCUUCUUCUUCUUCUUCUUCUUCUUCUUCUUCUUCUUCUUCUUCUAUACUGCCCAUCUGAUUGGGCUGCCCCAGCCACUCUGGGCAUUUUCCAGCAGAAUAUGAAAGAACCACGAAACAUUAAACAUGGAAAACUUGCCCAUACAGGGCUGCCUUCAGAUGCAUAUAUUUCUAUGCUGCUUUAAAAUAAGCACAACCACAGCAAAAGUCGUACUAUAAGACUUGCAAAGCAUCACAGCACAAAUAACCCAUGAAACAAUGUUUGCAACAUUAGCAAACUAGCAACCAAAAACGAACGGAGCACUGGUGAAUUCACAUGCUCUCUCUCCCCACCUCCAUGACUCAUAGUCUUCCGCUCGGUUCAUAAAAGACACAGAGACGUAAGGCCCAUGGCAGCAACUCUGUUCUGAAGGCAAGGCGGGUGGGAAAAGCCCUUGUCUGAUGGUCAGCACCAUGUCUCAUUUCCCCUGGAAAUGAAAGGAAAUGAGUGUGUGCAGAAAUUAGCCCAUGUUACAAAGGUAAAAAAACUGCCCUUGGGCCAGCAACAGUCUUUCAGCCUCGCCUGCCUUGUUGUGAGGAUAAAGUGGGGAGGAAGAGAACCAUGUGCACCAAUUUUGAGCUCCUUGGAAGAAAGGUGGGAUAUAAAUCCAAAAAAUAAAAUUAAAUAAACAAAGGGGGGCAGAGGUACUUUGCCAAGGGGACGGGGCCACAACUGAGAAGGCCCCGGGUGGGCCAAAACCUAGGCAGCACAAAGAGGUGGCUCCACUAAGAGGGCUUUCUGAUUACAAGAACCAACCGGGAAGGUUGAUAUGGGUGGAGAUGAUCUUCUGGUCAAGGUUGGAGAAGCAGGGGCUGGGCGUGGACCCCCAGACCUUCUUGCCUGGCCCUUCAAAGCCACACACAUCACAAGCCCUGCUCGUCUCGCCAAGUGGUUUUGCCGGCCUGGAAUGUGUCCUUGGACUCUGGCCGUGUCUCUGGCUGGGAUGGAGGCUGUUUGAGUGUGCCUACAGACCAGCCUUCUGCACAAAGGUCACAUUUACGUUUGUGGCUCCGCCUCCUUUUGCCUCUGGUUCCGCCCACCGAUGGAAUGCGGCCCUUGGGAGGUUACUCAGAAGGGAAUCUGGCCCCUGGACUGAGAAAGGUUCCCUCCCCACUCCUGUCUGAUGUACUUGGGUCACAUGCCCUACAUACAUGUGUGUGUACGUGUGUUAGGUGGUUAGGUAGCAGGUAGGUGGACUUAGCUUGCAAACUUGCCAGAGAAUAACACUCGCUUUUUUCUCCCUGCUCCCCAAUUUCCAAAGGCCGAAGAUGCGGAACGGGAGGAACGGAAGAAGCUUGAGCAGAAGCGAGAGGAGGAGCGGCGCAAAGAGGACGAGCGACUGCGCCUGGAGGAGGAAAAGCAGGUAGGGGCAAAAGGAUUGGGAUUUGAGAUGGGUGUGCUGUGAAUUCAGAAACGUCCCAUGUGGGGACCUGGUGCAAAGACAUCAGAUAAUAAACCACCAGAGAGGAGGCUGCUUGGGACACCAGGAGCUUUCCGGAGAAAAGGCAAAAAUAUAAAUAUACAAUUCAUCUUACACAGGGGUUCAGUUCAAAGGGUUCCAUGUAUCCAUGGAAAUUGCGUAGUCUCAAACCCUUGGCUAGCGAGCGAAGGGGAGAGAGAAAGAAUGCCCCGCACUGCUGGUGCAAAGCUUUUGAGGUCUCUGCCUUGCUUGUGGGGUGAUCGAUGGGGAGACCCACUCAGCAUGCCGGCUCUUGAAGGCCGGGGAUGCUCACACAAGAUCUCUUGAGAAUUCAGAUGGCCUUGCGAGAGCAUCCUAGAGCCAGCGGGCUGAACCUUUAAGUUUUUUCCCUAGCUUGGAUUUAACUUGUGCACUUUCAGCCAGCUUGUGCUGGGCCCGGGGGUUAAUCCGAGCAACGCAGUCCAGGUGCGGUCCCAAAUCCAAGGGUUCCGCGAGGCAGGAAACCAGGCAAGGACAAGUACAGGAUCUCAGGCAGAUCUCCAUACAGCAAUAUUGCUCCCGCAACCUGGGGCGGGGUCCGACAGCCUUUUAUCUUUGUUGGGGUAACGGCCGGUCCUGAUCCCCCGGUGACUCACAUCCCUGUCUCACCCAAAGGUGAGGACUCCUCCUGAGAGUAAUCAAGUCUCUCCUGCUCUCAGACCUCAGUCUCUGCAGCUUGGGAGACGUCGGUGGGUUACUAGACCCAGGGGCUGCCUCAGCCUCCCCUGACCCAACUGGUAGUGGAGCAGCUGUAAGUGAUGGCCCAGCUGAAGGCAACGAGGUCAUCCCCGCAUCUGGAGCCAGGGCAGGCUCAGGCCCCUGACUCGGCUCAGCUGGUGUUUGUUGCAGGGGAACCUGUGCAGACUGGGACUCUUCAGGAUCAAGCCCCAGACUUGGUUCAGAUGAUGCCUGAGGCAAAGGAUCCGGUACAGACAGAGACUCCUCUGGUUCCGAGCCAGCGUCCCAGGCCAUCACACAGCUUUCAGCUGCGCAUGGUUGAAAUCACACACCUAAGAUGUGAUUGUACUGCGAUAUGUGUCAUAAUUUUAAUUGGUGAUUGUCUCCAACUUGGACAGCUUUGAAAGAGGAUUGGACAAAUGAUCAUGGUGAUGAUGUGUCGCCCUUCAUCAUAAGAUUUCAGGGCAGCUCACAAGAUAAAAAUACUAGGUAAAAGCACAAAUAAAUAGUUAAACAGAAACAACAAAACUUUACCCCCUCCCACAAACACAUUUAAGAGGCAGUAGAAUAUUAAUCAACCCAAGGCCUGGUUAAAGAGGAAUGCUUUCGCCUGGCACCAGAAGAUAUGUAAUGAAGGUGCCAGGCAAGCCCCCCUGGGGAGAGCAUCCCACAAACGGGGAGCCACUGCAGUAAAGGCCCCGUUCUCGUGUUGCCACCCUCCUGACCUCUCGCGGAGGAGGCACAUGGAGAAGGGACUCAGAGGAUGAAUGCAGAGUCUGGGUCGGAUGCUAGCUACUAGUUCCAAUGGCUGUGCUCUGGUGGGAAUCACAAGUGGAAGACGCAGAAGCACGGAGAGUUCUGUUGCACCCGGGUCCUGUUUGUGGGCCUUCCCGCAGGGAUCUGGCUGUCGAUCGUAAGACCAAGAGGUUGGACUACAUAGGCCCGCUUUGUCCUGAUCCAGGUUCCAGUCGCUUCUUCAAAAACUUUGUGUGCUUACAGCCAGGCCGGCACUUCAUAAGUUGGGAGACACUAAAAAAGGGUUGCUGUUGUUGCUGUUGUUCUUUGUGCAACACCUUAAGUUUUUUUUAGGUGCUUGGUUGAAAAGCGACGCGCAGGCUCACAUUCUUAAUAGAAAUGACGCACAAGAUAAAAGGGAUCAGGGGGAGAGAGAGCGAGAACGCAGGAGCAUAUUCAGGGCACCGUUUCUUCAUCAAGUUAUAUAAAUGCAUGCAGUUACGGAGGUUUCGUAAUACCCUCAAAAUGCUUCGCUCUGCAGCCCUGCAAAAGAAAAUCCUUCUUACUCUCACAUUUCAAAUGGGGGCAGGGGGAGGCUGAGAAAGAGUGGGUUGUGUGAAAUCGUCUGGCGGGUUUAUGAGCGAGGUGCGAUUGUAUUAGGCACUUCCUGCUCUCAGCUCAAUCUUUGCCUCUAUGCCGCAAGACACCUUAAAUUUCAUCUGUGGGUGUCUGUACACCCACCCACAUAUAUAUUAUACAGUUGUACCUUGGAUCCCGAACGCCCUGGAACGUUUUGGCUCCUGAGUGACGCAAACCCGGAAGUGGUUGUUCCGGUUAGCGAACGUUCUUUUGGAACCCGAACGUCCGACAAGGCUUCCGCGGCUUCUGAUUGGCUCCAGGAGCUUCCUGCAUCAGAAGCCGCGAUUUGGUUUUCAAACGUUUUGGAAGUCGAACGGACUUCUGGAACGGAUUCCGUUCGAUUUCCAAGGUUCGGCUGUAUAUAUUUAUACAUACGUACACACACACUCAGAGAGAGAGAGAAAAUGAGAGAAUUGCAUAGACGUUGACUAAUGCCAAGCAGUAUUGCAUGGGAAAUUUGGGCGCUUAAGGCUUGCACAAAACUGAGAAACACACACACACAGGAGUAAGACCUUUGGUCUAGUUAGUAUUGUCUGCACGGACUGGCAGCAGCUCUCCAGGGUUUCAGGUAAGGGUCUUCCAGCCCCACCUUCAGACGCUGGGGGUUGAUCUUGGGACCUUCUGCAGGCCUACGGAUUCUUUGCCACUGAGCUACAGACUUCCCCCCUACACCCCUUGUUCUUCAUGUCCCACACGGGCAGGCAGCCUUCCCCUUAGUCUCUCAACUCCCACCCCCAGCGAGACAGCAGCUGCAGCACCAGCCAUAUUUCAUGGAUUCAGUAUAUUUUGUUGUUGUUGUUGUUGUUGUUUAGUCAUUUAGUCGUGUCCGACUCUUCGUGACCCCAUGGACCAAAGCACGACAGGCACUCCUGUCUUCCACUGCCUCCCGCAGUUUGGUCAAACUCAUGUUCGUAGCUUCGAGAACACUGUCCCACCAUCUCAUCCUGUGUCGUCCCCUUCUCCUUGUGCUCUCCAUCUUUCCCAACAUCAGGGUCUUUUCCAGGGAGUCUUCUCUUCUCAUGAGUUAGCCAAAGUCUUGGAGCCUCAGCUUCAGGAUCUGUCCUUCCAGUGAGCACUCAGGGCUGAUUUCCUUCAGAAUGGAUCAGUUUGUCAUCGCUUUUCACCCAAGAAGCAGGCGUCUUUUAAUUUUGUGGCUGCUGUCACUAUCUGCAGUGAUCAUGGAGCCCAAGAAAGUAAAAUCUCUCACUGCCUCCAUUUCUUCCCCUUAUAUUUGCCAGGAGGUGAUGGGCCCAGUGGCCAUGAUCUUCGUUUUUUGGAUGUUGCGCUUCAGACCAUAUUUUGAGCUCUCCUCUUUCACCCUCAAUAAAAGGUUCUUUAAUUCCUCCUCACUUUCUGCCAUCAAGGUUGUGUCAUCUUACAGGACAGCAUAGUGUGUGCAAGAGGGUGCCCGCGGUGCAAGUGUACACAAACGCAUGGGAUCGGGCAGACGGCUCUUCAAAGCCAGUGGUGGCCAAGCUGACACUUGCCCGAUGUUGUUAGAUUACAACUCCCAUCAUCCCUGACCUCUGCCCAAUCUGGGUGGGACUGGUGGUUGUUCCUGCUGACUUCUUGCGCUCUCUAAGCCCAGUGCUGUCUGUUGGUGAAGCAGUACAGUGGUGCCUCGCAAGACGAAAUUAAUCCGUUCCGCGAGUCUCUUCGUCUUGCGGUUUUUUCAUCUUGCGAAGCACGGCUAUUAGCGGCUUAGCGGCUUUUAACGGCUUAGCGGCUAUUAGCGGCUUAGCGGCUAUUAACGGCUUAGCGGCUAUUAACGGCUGAGCGGCUUAGCGGCUAUUAACGGCUUAGCAGCUUUAAGAAAAAGGAAACAAACUCGCAAGACGUUUCGUCUUGCGAAGCAAGCCCAUAGGGAAAUUCGUCUUGCGGAACGACUCAAAAAACGGAAAACUCUUUCGUCUAGCGAGUUUUUCGUCUUGCGAGGCAUUCGUCUUGCGGGGCACCACUGUAAUAGAAAUGAUCCAAAUAAAUAAAGAUUGCGUCAGCCUGGGACAUUCUGCGAGCAAAACCCGCUAUUUACCGCUAAGCUGGCGACUUAACGGAUAAGUCAGCGGGGUGCAAAUCGCCUAAGGAAUGGAGAGAUAACGCGAUCUGUUUGCAACUGGUAAUAAGGUGCAGAAAACUUCCAUGCGGAAAACCGGUUUGCUUUGCCUGAGUUUCCACGGGAGAUCGCAGGAAUCGCUUGCUUCAAACUGAGCUUUGCAUUGCUUAUUCUCAGACUAUUUUCUUAACUUCCUCAAAGCAGGGGGGAAAUCCCCUCUUACCAAGCAAAACUAAAGCAUUUCCAGGUUCUUCUUUCUUUGUUCACGUUUGCAAAAGCCUUUAACAAACAGUUGUCUGUUUGCAAUGCAAAAUUUAGAUUCCUUGCUGAUUCCAAAGUAGAGAAGGGAGAGGCUAGCCAAUAGAAGUGUCAAAGGGAAGUUUUGGUUUUCAUACGUUGGUUGAGCUUGCUUAACCGUUCGAAACUUGUUUCUUGCUUUAAAAAUAAAUAAAUCAGGCCAGUGGUUCCCAAACUUCACUCUCCGCUCCCCGCCACAAACCACCUGAAAAGAGUCGAAGGCCUUGGCCGACUACUUAAUGAUUUUCCCGCCUGUUGUAGCAAUUUUAAUGCCCUGUUUUUAACUGCAAAUUUAUUGCUUCUUCUUUUAUUCCUCUAUGUUGUGUUUUAUCGUAUGGCAAUUUGAAUUCCAUUGAAACAUAGUGGUUCUGGGUAAAGGAAAGUAUCGUGUGGGAGGUGGGGGUCUCCAUUGGGGAGAGGAAUUGGGGUCAUCCUAUCUGCCUGUCCUCCGAUCUACGACUGCCUCUUAUGAACACCAGGUCGGUCUUGAAUAAGACCUCCCUUAUCCAUAAUUUGAUUGUGGAUGUGGAGGCUGCCCUGGUCUGUAUUACUGAGGCCUGGGUGGGUGAGCAGGGAAGAAUUGGUCUCACCCAACUAUGCCCAACUGGGUGCUCUGUCCAGCAUCAGAACAGACUUGAGGGUGGCGAACAAGGAGUUUUUGUGAUCCACAGAAAUCCUCUCUCUCUGUCUCUGUCUCUCUCUCCAGGAUUCCUGUCCACUUCCUGUUGCAUUUGGCAUAGGGUAAUUGGGACAGAUUAGGGAUUCUGCUGGUUUGCCGCCUGCCCCUCUGCCCGGCAGUCUCCCUGCCUGAGCUGACAGAGAUGGUGUUGAGGACUCCCAGUGUUGGUUCUUAGGGGCUUCAAUGUCCAUCCCAAGAUGGUGGUCCCAACAUGUCAUUGGCCUGACUCAUGUGGCAGGCCACACUCUGGAUCUCGAGAUUAUUCAGAAGAUAAUCUGAAAGUGGGAGGUGGGGUGGGGGUUGCAUCAGUCACUUGUCAUAGUUGGAUCACUUCCUGGUGAGAUUUAGGCGUUCAGAUCGGCCUAGGACCCACGUACCUACGGGACCGCCUCUCCCAAUAUGCCCUGAAGAGAACCUUAAGGUCCACAAAUGACAACACUUUGGAGGUCCCAAGCCGCAAGGUGGUUUGAUUGGUUUCAACUAAGGCCAGGGCCUUUUCAGUACUGGCCCCGACUUGGUGGAACGCUCUGUCACAAGAGACUAGGGCCCUGCGGGACUUGACAUCUUUCCACAGGGCCUGCAAGACAGAGCUGUUCCACCAGGCCUUUGGUUUGGACUCAGUCUGACCCUUAUGUUUCCCUCCGCUUAUGGUUUUGAUCUAUGGGCUACUUUUAAAAUAAGGCUGCAUUUUAAAUUGCGUUUUGACCUGUAUUUUAAAUUGGGGUUUUUUUCCCUAUUAUGUUUUUGCUGUAAUUUUACUGGUGUUAGCUGCCCUGAGCCCGGCUCUGGCCAGGGAGGGCAGGGUAUAAAUAAAAUUUAUUAUUAUUUAUUAUUAUAUGGCCCACCCUCAGAGGUUGAUGGAUCCAGCUGAGUUACAGGCAGCUUGGGCUACUGAUACAAUCACCCCAAGUGUCCUCUCCUGCUUCAUAGGGCCCACUUGGGUAAAGGUAAAGGACCCCUGGACGUUUAAGUCCAGUCAAAGGCGACUGGGGUUGCGGCGCUCAUCUUGCUUUCAGGCCAAGGGAGCCAGCAUUUGUCCACAGACAGCUUUCCGGGUCAUGCAGCCAGCAUGACUAAAUCACUUCUGGUGCAACGGAACACCGUGACAGAAACCAGAGCACACAGAAACGUCGUUUACCUUCCCACCCCAGAGGUACCUAUUUAUCUACUUGCACGGGUGUGCUUUUGAAAUGCUAGGUUGUUAGGAGCUGGGACAGAGCAACGGGAGCUCACUCCGUUGUGGGGAUUUGAACCGCCGACCUUCUGAUCGCCAAGCCCAAGAAGCUAAGUGGUUUAGACCACAGCGCUAUAGCAUAUACCGGAGCUCAGGGCAAUGAAACAAGCCGGGAGACAGCUUGGACGCAAUUGCAGAAAAACUAGACAAAUGCAGUCAAACGCUGGGUCUCAAUAUCGCGCCUACUCCGUGGCAGCGAAGGCAAUGCAACAAAGAAAUGCCACUUAGCAGAAAUUUUCUGGGUGGCGUGGGCCCUUUUGCCCACAGUUAUCAACGGGGGCUUGCUGUGACUUCUUUGCAAAGCAUUUUAGAGAUUAAAUCACUUGGCUCCACCAAGACCUUGAGUCUACUGUUGCGGCAGAUGAAUCUCAAGAGGCGUCCAUAGUUCUGCCUAGUUCUGUUGUGUCGAUUAAGUUUCAGUUAGCAUGGCUCAAGGGCAUGAACAGGAGGGCAUGGUUCGGACUGGGCAGCAAUCUGUGCCCUCUGCCCUCGUGGCUGAUAAAACCUAGCCGGGAGUAAUUAUUUUGCAUUCAUUUUCUAGCCUGGGCUUCUGUUAUUCUUGCAUUUUCUUGGUCAGGCUAUUAGAGGGGAAGGGGAGCACUGAUUUUGAGCAUUCAUGCACACUCUCACGCAGUCUUUUCCACAAGUCUUUUCUGGCAUUUGAAAAAACCAAAAUGUAUAUUUUUAAAUUGCUUUGUUUCCUCUCAAAAUCCCCAGCAGCCCCGAUAGAUGCUUCCACCCCACAGCCGCCCGUUGCUUCAGCAUGCAGCAGCCCUGGGAAUUUCCCUUUCGCCCGUGGAGUUUUCUUGUUGGAGGAAAUGGUUUACCACAGACACCUGAUCAGCGAGAGCAAAUAUCUCACGUUGCAGAGCUUCAGCUCCUUGCGACGUGCUGCUGCCGAAAAGCCUCCCUUGUGUUAUACACACUCCCCGGGUUUUGUUUUUUUACAUGCAAACCCAAUUUUAUAUCAAUAACAUUUGAAUGCAGCUUAUUGGUUUGAAAGGAGAAUAAAGGCUCUUAACAAAUUAUGCAGGCAUCCCCUCCAUAUACUGGCCUGGCUCUUCUGUUUUAAUUGCCACCUACAUUUAAACCACAGAGCCCAGGGCUUGCUGAUCAGAAGGCUGGCGGUUCGAAUCCCCGCGAAGGGGUGAGCUCCUGUUGCUCGGUCCCUGCUCCUGCCCACCUAGCAGUUCAAAAGCCUGAAAAAGUGCAAGUAGAUAAAUAGGUACCACUCUGGCGGGAAGGUGAAUGGUGUUUCUGUGCGCUGCUCUGGUUCGCCAGAAGUGGCUUAGUCAUGUUGGCCACAUGACUCGGAAGCUGUACACCAGCUCCCUCGGCCAAUAAAGCGAGAUGAGCAUCACAACCCCAGAUUCGUCUGCAACUGGACUUAACGGUCAGGGAUCCCUUUACCUUUACAUUUAAUUGCAGGGAUGGGAAACUUGCUGUGGCCCUAAGGUAGUGUUAGAAGCCAACUCCCAUCAGCGCCAGCCAGCAUGGCCAAUGGAUCUCGUCAGGGAUGGUGGGUGUCGGAGUAUGGAAGCAACUGCAGUGCCGCAAGUUCUCCAUCUUUUGUCUGUUGCAGUGGGAUUCACUGUAUGUUUUAAUUGCGGGUGCUUAAAUGUUUGUGUAACUGGUUUUUACAGCUUGCAAUCUGUUUAGAAACCUGUUUUGGCAUGUUAAGCAGUAUGUUGUCCACAAAUGACAACAUUUUGGAGGUCCCAGGUCGCAAGGAGGUUAGAUUGGUCUCAACUAGGGCCAGGGCCUUUUCAGUACUGGCCCCGACUUGGUGGAACGCUCUGUCCCAAGAGACCAGGGCCCUGCGGGACUUGACAUCUUUCCGCAGGGCCUGCAAGACAGAACUGUUCCACCUGGCCUUUGGUUUGGACUCAGUCUGACCCUUAUGUUUCCCUCCCCUUAUGGUUUUGAUCUGUGGGCUAUUAUUAAAAUGAGGCUGCAUUUUAAAUUGCAUUUUAACCUGUAUUUUAAAUUGGUUUUUUCCCCCCUAUUAUGUUUUUACUGUAAUUUUACUGGUGUUAGCCGCCCUGAGCCCAGCUCUGGCCGGGGAGGGCGGGGUAUAAAUAAAAUUUAUUAUUAUUAUUAUUAUUAUUAUUAUUAUUAUUAUUAUUAUUAAAUAAUUUUCUCAUGUUCCCCCACGAAGAGGGAAACCAGGCCUUAUGAGGAACAGUUGAGGGAGUUGGGUCUGUUUAGCCUGGAAAAGAGGAGACUGAGAGGAGAUAUGAUAGCCAUCUUCAAAUAUCUCAGGGGCUGUCAAAUGGAAGAGGGAACAAGCUUGUUUUCUGCUGCUCUGGAGGAGUAGGGCUCGAACCAAUGGCUGAAAUCACAAGAAAGGAGAUUCCCACUAAAUAUCAGAUAGAACUUUCUGAUGGUAAGAGCUGUUUGACAGUGGAAGGGACGUGGUGGACUCGCCUUCAUGGGGGGCUUCUAAGAUGAGGUUCGAUGGCCAUCUGUCAUGGAUGUUUUAGCUGAGAUUCCUGCAUUGUAGGGGGCUGUAAUAUUUGAUCCUUGGGAUCCCUUCCAACUCUCCAAUUCUAUGAUUUUAGAGGGCUGGUUGUGCCAUUGGAACAGAGGUUGCAUCUUUGUGGAUUUCAGAAAUUAACUUGCACUCUUGCGCCAAAUCGUGGUCAAAUCUGAUAACUGGGGGGUGGAAAUGAUACCUUGGCUUGAGGGGUGGGGACUUCCUCUUCUCUGCGAAUGAUUAGAGACGGCCUCAUGCAAAUUGGCAGUGCUGUUUUGUCUAUAAGACCGUUGGUUUCCCUUUUGGUCUGAGCCAGCGCAUGGAGGUGAGCAGUUCUAGAAACAGAACUUCUCAAGAGGCAGCUUGCUAAAAUGAAGAGUUCGAAACAGAGGAGGGUUCUCUGGAACUGUCUCCCCGGCCUGCCUCUCCUCCUGGGGAACUGGAACACUGUCCCCUUAGCAAGGUAAGCAGGAGCCGUGUCGAUGAGAAAUCCCAGGUAGCUGCCUUAAAUCCAGUCAGAUUCUUGGUCCAUCUAGUUUGGUCCUGCUCACGCUGCUCUCCAGGGUUUCAGGCAGGAAGUCUUUCCUAGCACAACCUGCAGAUGUUGAGAUUUGCACCCAAGACUGUCUGCCACGGCCCUUUCGACUGCAUUGCUUUCCUUUUUUGAACCCUUUCCCUUACUGACCUAUUACUGGAAAUCAAAAACAGAUUUCCUCCGAGUUCUUUUAAAAAAAUAAUAUAAUUUUUAUUGAAUUUCCCGUUUUUUACAAACUGACUUCAAAUUAAAUAGCUUCAUGUUUUGGCUUCCCACCCAUACCUCCACAGUGUUUUCGUUCACAACCUUUUCUCCUGUAUUAUAUAUAAGACAAUCGUCUCUAUUACAGAAAUCCCUCUGAUACAGUUAAAGCGAGUUUUGCUCUAACACUGGCAUUGGCAGUUGGUUGAUUUCCCGUUGUUUUACAGCAUGGGUAGGCAAACUAAGGCCUGGGGGCCGGAUCCGGCCCAAUCGCCUUCUAAAUCCGGCCCAUGGACGGUCCGGGAAUCAGCAUGUUUUUACAUGAGUAGACUGUGUCCUUUUAUUUUAAAUGCAUCUCUGGGUUAUUUGUGGGGCCUGCCUGGUGUUUUUACAUGAGUAGAAUGUGUGCUUUUAUUUAAAAUGCAUCUCUGGGUUAUUUGUGGGGCAUAGGAAUUCGUUCAUAUAUAUUUUUUCAAAAUAUAGUCCGGCCCCCCACAAGAUCUGAGGGACAGUGGACUGGCCCCCUGCUGAAAAGGUUUGCUGACUCCUGUUUUACAGCAAUCCAUUUGAUUCAUUAUGACUGCUGUUGUUCGUUUGAUUAGCUGCUUGCUACCACCAAGGUUUUAUAAUCUGCAUUGUUUUAAAUUCUGCUUAAUUGGUUUCCGACUAUUAUCUUUUACAAGUUUGGGGCUUUUUUGUAUUUGGAGCUGCGGCGUUUGAAUUUGUGUGAGCCGCCUCGAGUCCCAGGGUCUGGGGGAAAGGCAGGAUAUAAAGAAGUAUAACACUACUAAUAUAAAAGAUGUCUCGCAAGUGACUGGCUGCCCGUAAGCCGUCCUGAGGUGGGUCCAGGCGGCAGGAAGCACUUUGCAAAAAUAUAACAAUGCGCCAUUAAAUAAUGCAGUUCUGUCUUCCCUCGCUUUGCAGGAAGAAGAAAAGAAGAAGGCGAAAGAGGAAGAGGAGAAGCGGGAAUAUGAGGAAUACCUGAAGCUGAAGGAGAGUUUUGUGGUGGAAGAAGAGGGAGAGGAUGAAGGCAUGACCGAAGAAGAGGUAAGUUUGGCCGGGCUGGAGUGCGACGACCGGCUUGUGGGAUAGUUGCAGGUGCUUCUCUUGAAUAGAUACAAAAGGUUGGAUCCAGCUAUGGCAGACACUUGAUUAGACUAAGUUGCAAUUUCCAUGGGUCUGCCUCGAGUCUUGACUUGUCUGACUUCACCCCAAAGAGUUCAGGGCUUAGAAGGUUUCUUUUUCCAGGUCAUAUCCAUGUCCGUCAGAGAGAGGGUCACGGCAUGUCAGCUGCGGGAGGUGGAAUUAUUAGAUUGGCGCAGGACAUGAGGCCAAAGAGCCCCAUUUAGAUGAAGGACUACGGCACGUUAGGAAGAAGUCAAGUUCCUAAAAGCAAAGAUACUUAAGAAUCGGAUCAAAGUGACUCCCAGUUAGUAAUGGCAUUUCAGCCAAUGGGUCAGUUGGAUAGUGUUAAUUGGAUGGUCAGCCAACCCACUUGUUAUUUGACUGCGGUCCAAUAUUAUCAGGUAUCCCCCAAAACAUGGGUAGGCAAACUAAGGCCCAGGGGCCGAAUCUGGCCCAAUCACCUUCUAAAUCCGGACCGCGGACGGUCCAGGAAUCAGCGUGUUUUUACAUGAGUAGAAUGUGUCCUUUUAUUUAAAGUGCAUCUCUGGGUUAUUUGUGGGGCCUGCCUGUUGUUUUUACAUGAGUAGGAUAUGUGCUUUUAUUUAAAAUGCAUCUCUGGGUUAUUUGUGGGGCCUGCCUGGUGUUUUUACAUGAGUAGAAUGUGUGCUUUUAUUUAAAAUGCAUCUCUGGGUUAUUUGUGGGGCAUAGGAAUUCGUUCAUUUUCUCUUCAAAAUAUAGUCCGGCCCCCCACAAGAUCUGAGGGACAGUGGACUGGCCCUCUGCUGAAAAAUUUUGCUGCCUCAAAACGUCACUGUCUCAGUUGCGACAAUCAUUCUCGGUUUAGUAAACCAGAAUUUAUGAAGCUAGGAAUAAUUGCCUUCCCGCUGUAGGCAGGCUUCUUCAUGAGUAUCCUCGUUUGAGUGAAGCCCGGUUUCGUCCAAAGCAGAGAACUUUCCCCUAAUGUCAAUUAACAAAUAGGAUAACGAGCCAGGAUGAGAUGCUCCUGGGCUGAUGCUUGAGCUGCCUUAGCCUAUAUUAUUUUUCAGGGCUGUUGCGAGUUUAAAAUGGGGACUCUGUAAGGAGCUAAUAAAAUAAAUGGUUACAUGUCUUUCAACAAAAAAAACCAUAACUAUUACUCUGUAAUAAAAUAAUUGCUUUUUUUAAAAAAAGGAAAUAGCAGUAUCGCUGCACAAUAACUGCUAUCUGCCUUUUGGUUUGUAACUGACACUCAAACCUCUUGAUAAUUUUAUUUUUGGUUGAUGUCAUAAUGCUAAAUUGUUGUGUUUUUUUUUAAAAAGAAAACAUAUAAUUUGAUAAAAUACUAUGAUUCUUUUUGAGAUUCCUGCGUUGUAGGGGGUUGGGGUAGAUGACCUUCGGGGCCUUUCCAACUCUACAAUUAUAUGAUUUGACUGGCCAAAUGGACAAAAAAGAAUUAUUUUCAGCCCUUCUCUCACCAUCUUCUGCUUUGGCUGUAUGUCAGGCUAAAAAAAUAAGCACCGGGAGCACAGAAGGUUCAGGAUUCAACACCGUAGAGUCUUAGUAAUUCAGCGUCUGCUGCCAUUGAAUCAUUAAACAAAACGCACAGUGUCAGCCCAAGUCUCUUUCAUGUUGAUUGUUGCAGCACAUCAAUGCCGCCAGCUAAAUUCUGCUCUCAGGUGGAACAUGAACAGACUCGGCUGGAAGGGAGGGUGUGAAACAAUUUCCUCUAUUAAGAGCAAAAAUGAUCUUGAGUUGGUAGCAACCUUCUAAGGCAGGCGUAGGCAAACUCGGCCCUCCAGAUGUUUUGGGACUACAACUCCCAUCAUCCCUGACCACUGGUCCUGUUAGCUAGGGAUGAUGGGAGUUGUAGUCCCAAAACAUCUGGAAGGCCGGGUUUGCCUAUGCCUGUUCUACAGUCACAUCGCAUGAAUCUUCAUUUUCUCUUGUGCCAAAGUUUUUUUUUAUUGCAAGCUUAUGGGUCAAGUGAUAGUCCUUUCCCCAUAGUUUUAUUUACAAAGGGCGAUGGUCAAUAUAGUCCUACUCAGAGUAGACCCACUGAAAUCAGUGGGCGUAAGUAUGACUGCAUUGGAUUUCACUCAAAGAUACUCAGUGCUGUUACAAUAGUUCGGAUACAAAAGCCCAGACCACUUAAUACCUCCUGCAUUUACUAAGUUCCCUGCGCCAAAUUAGAAAAAGUGAUUCGACCCCACCCCAAGGCGAUGAUACCCUACGGUCUUUUGGUAGCUUGUGAAAUAGACUUGCCAUCUUUGAUGAAUUCCAUUAUUUCGCAAACAGUGUUUUGGGGCAGGGAUGAGCCAGUCUGGUACAGAAACAAUCUAUCAUAAAUAUCUAUCAUGUUAGAUUCCAGAGUAGCUUUAUUUCUCCUCAUUUUGUUGUUGACCCAUAACAUUUUGGCCAGUAUUUCUAAACAUAUACAUCAGGCAUAUUUAAAAAAUAAAAUAAAAUAAUAAAAUAAAAUAAAUGUGAGUGUUACAAUUGUUGCAUUUUUAGCACUUAGGCUGCAAUUCUCUGCCCAGUUACGUGGGAAUAAGUCCCAUUGAACUCACAGAGAGUUACUUCUGAAUAGACACCUUUGCCCUAUAGAUUCUGAUCCAAAUUAACGGCUACCAAUAUGGAACCCAGGAUGAUAUCCUCUUUUUUAAAAAAUACAUAUUUAAUGCAGAUAUAUUUUUUUAUAAAAAGCAUGUUCAUACAGUAGUUACAAUGGGCUGUCCUUAAAAAAUGCCUUAUAGGAUUUUGGUGCUCUCUUGUGUGUCUGUCUAAUUUAGUUUUUUAAAAAGGAAGAAGUCGGUUGAGUACAUAAACACAUACAAAAAAACCUUGAGACUGCUCCAAAAUAGUAGCUUAAUUUGGUGGCCGUACAAUAAAGAGUUGAAACAUUAUGCCUCUGAGCACAUGCUCAGUCCAGGAAUUUACCGGUAUGGUCGGUGCCAGAACCAAGCUCACAAGGCCUUUCAUAUGAAAAUCCAUUCCUGGUCCUCUGUCUCUCUCCCUGCUCCCAGCAUUCUUUACCAUCAACUGGUUUUAAACCAUUGCUCUUGUUAAACGAUGGGGAAUCGGAAAUCCAGAGCAACGUACCGCAAAUCGUUGGAGAGAUAUGCCAAGUGGUCUGCCCACUCCUGCGAUUGUGUACACGGUGCUUUAAAAAUAAAUAUAUGCAAAGAGAAAGGGGGGAAGUCCCUGCCCCAAUGAGCCUACAGACUCACCAGUUGAGGUGAUUGCAGAGGGUAGACCAGGCAUAGGCAAACUCGGCCCCCCAGAUGUCUUGGGACUACAAUUCCCAUCAUCCCUGACCACUGGUCCUGUUAGCUAGGGAUGAUGGGAAUUGUAGUCCCAAAACAUCUGGAGGGCUGAGUUUUCCUAUGCCUAGGGUAGACCGAGGCAAGGGGACAGCAAUAAAUCAACAAGCAUGCAAAGGUGCUGCCACACAAAACUGCUUCAGUUGCGGGUUUUCAGGAAGGAUUUGAAGAAGAAGGAGGAGGUGAGACAUUUUUGCGUGGUGCCAUCUACGAAAGUCAAAUAAGUUGGAGUUCUUGUUAUUAAAUAUACCAAGAAAAAACCACACCAAGAACUCAGGCCAAUGUAAGUUUCAAUAGUGGGAGUAGUCCCUACUCCCAAAUAAAUAAUCAGUUUUAACAAAAACUGAUCCAUUCAAAAGUAUGUAUUCUGGCAAGGAUUACAAACCCAAAUAGAGAUUACAAACUCUAACAGAGAUUACAGACUCAAACUCAUAAAGAUAUGUAUAACACAAUAAUUUGUUAGAGAUUUAGAAAUAAGAAUUUAUGAAUAGAGACAAGUUCAUGUUAGUCCAUAGUCAGAUUCGACGUGGAGGUCUUAGUUUCAAUCACUGAGCAGAAGUCAAUUAUGGAUCUGAAACCAGGACAGGGCCCUGUUUCGAUGUAUUCACCUUCAUCAGCUAAUUUUUAAAGUGUCGUGUAAGUUUGAAGACUUUCGGAUAAGUAUAUCCUGUUAUCUUCUACGUUUCUCAGAGAAUAGCAACUACGCGUGGGUAAAUCAACGUGUAUCUUGAGCUUUUCUGUGCAAGAGUCAUGCACGAGCCGAUUUCAUGACACCUGGAAGCUCCUGGUGGUGGUGGAAAGCUUUUUAAGCCAUUUCAGACAAAAUCCACAAUAAACCGGGUGGUCAGUUGCAGGACAGAAGUUUUUCUGAAAGCAGAAUUACCCACCCGGACAUUCCUAACUCCAAGGGGACUGCACGUACUUAAGCAAUGAGGGCCUUCUGUCCCUGACACGGUUGGCCCUUUGCAUAGAAAUCCAGGCAGAGAUUGGUUUUAUAAUCUAUAGCAGCAUCAGAUUAAUAAUAGUUUCUUUUGCUGUACCUAGUCCCGCAGCUUCGUAUCAGAACUUCUCGACUACAUCAAGGUAGGUUACACUCCUUUUGCUCUUUCCCUUUAACAAUGAAUAUCAUCCCCUUGCGCUGCACAUCUGUUGUUCGACAAAGCGCCUCGUUCUCACGCAUAAAGUGUUGUGUCUCUUGUAAGCUACAGUCUGCGCUGCAUCUGUAAAAUGGGUUCACUACUCAGCUUAGUCUGCGGCAGAGACUACUGCAGUGACUUUCUUCGAUACUCUGCCCCUAUAGAACUGGGAUCUGUAUCUGCCAUUUGCAAGCCCAAAUUGAAGCGGCAGAACAUGCUCCUGGUACUCUCCUUCAAUGGAGGUUUUCUAAACGGAGGUUGGAUGAUCACCUGCCAGGGUUUCUCCAGCUCUGGUUCCUGCAUUGUAUGGGGUUGGGCUAGAUGACCCUUUGAUUCCCUUCCAAGUGUACAGUCCUGUGAUUCUAUGAGCUUUGCAGCCUGUGUGCAGCCCAGGUGCCGGGGGAAUGAAAGAAAAAAAGGUGGCAGGAAUCCGAGAAUACAAGCAAGGAAGGGCCAAUAGAUUUCAGGGGAGGAGGGUUUCAAUGACUUGCCCCAUUUUGGUCAGACUGUACAGUGGACGCUCAGGUUGCGAACGUGAUCCGUGCGGGAUGCACGUUCGCAACCCACAGCAUUUGCAACCCUCGCACGCGCAGGAUGCGAUUCGGCACUUCUGCACAUGCACAAAGCGCGAUUUAGCGCUUCUGCGCAUGCGCGACCGCCAAAACCCGGAAGUUACCCGUUCCGGUACUUCCGGGUUUCGGCGGUCUGUAACCCGAAAAAACGCAACCUGAAGCAGCUAUAACGCGAGGUAUGACUGUACAACCUUCUCUUAAUCAUUGAGCUCAGGGGAAGCUGUUUGUAGCAGAGGGGCAAUGCACAGCACUGAUUGGUCAGCAUUCGGGAAAAUAAGCCUCCUACUUGACAGUGAUUUUUUUUGAAAAAAAAGUUUUAAGAAAACUGAUUGGGGUAUUUGAGGGGAACACCCACCUCACCCACACAAUACAGUGGUACCUUGGUUCUCAAACUUAAUCGGUUCCGGAAGUCCGUUCCAAAACCAAAGCAUUCCAAAACGAAGGCACACUUUCCCAUAGAAAGUAAUGCCUUAAACCAGCAAUUUAACAUGAAUUUUACUAUCUAACAAGACCAUUGAGCCAUAAAACAAAAGCAAUAAUCAAUGUUCUGUACUAUAAAAUAAAUAAGACAGUUUUGUAGAUUAUAAAACUAAAAAUUAAAAUUUUUUCUUACCUGCACUGAUGAUAGUCAUAUAUUAUAUAUAUAUAUACAGCUUAACAUUAGUCCAGGAUUCUCAUCUCUGCCUUGUAUUGUCAAGUUCCUUCCCUUAUGAUUCUCCUGUUUCUAUGGUGAAUGAAUCCGUACACCCCACCCUCUGCCCGCUCAAAGCACAUUUUUCACAAUUAAUGUUGCAUAAAACCUUGAACGCUGCUUCCCCUCCCUGUUCAAACCUGAAAGCCUUAAACCACCAAGUUUCGUACUUGAAGCAAUCCCUCCCCCGCAGCCCUAAUGAAAGCAGAAGAUCUUACCUUUUGUCAGAUCGCUGCUAACUGAAAGCUUUUCUGAAGAGGAGAAGAAGCAGAGCACAAAACACCGAUUCUGGCUUUGGCAUUAGCUAGUUGGCGGGACAGCGGCUGUCUGUAAGAAGAGCUCUCUUGGAUCAGGCCAUUUACCCAUCUGGUCCAGCCUCCUGCUCUCACAGUAGCCAGCCAGAUGUGUGCGAAAAGCCUAUUCAGCAGGACCGGAAUGCUUGUUCCUCUGAGGCAUGAACAAGGCGGAGGAGAGAUUGUCUGCACGCAUACGCAGUCUAUGAUUGCUUGGGGAAAACCCUGGAGAGGAAGGGGACUUAGAUGUCUGUGGGAAGGCAGGGACCUUCAGUCUCAGCACCUGCUUCAUGGGAGCAAGACCUGCUGGAGAUGAGUCGCUGCGCUCAUUAGGGCUAUAGUAGUAGUAGUUGUAGUUGCUUCAUCGUGUCCGACUCUUCGUGACCCCCCUGGACCAGAGCACGCCAGGCACUCCUGUCUUCCACUCCCUCCCGCAGUUUGGUCAGACUCGUGCUGGUAGCUUCGAGAACACUGUCCCACCAUCUCGUCCUCUGUCGUCCCCUUCUCCUUGUGCCCUCCAUCUUUCCCAACAUCAGGGUCUUUUCCAGGGAGUCUUCUCUUCUCAUGAGGUGGCCAAAAUAUUGGAGCCUCAGCUUCAGGAUCUGUCCUGCCAGUGGGCACUCCGGGCUGAUUUCCUUCAGAAUGGAGAGGUUUGAUCUUCUUGCAGUCCAUGGGACUCUCAAGAGUCUCCUCCAGCACCAGAAUUCAAAAGCAUCAAUUCUUCGGCGAUCAGCCUUCUUUAUGGUCCAGCUCUCACUUCCAUACAUCACUACUGGGAAAGCCAUAGCUUUAACUAUACGGGCUUUUGUUGGCAGGGUGAUGUCACCCAGUUGUAAUAAUAAUAGUAAUAUUUUUUAUUAUUUAUACCCCCGCCCAUCUGGAUGGGUUUCCCCAGCCACUCUGGUGGCUCCCAACAGAAUAUUAAAAACAAAUAAAACAUCAAACAUUAAAAACUUCCCGAAACAGGGUUGCCUUCAGACGUCUUCUAAAAGUCAUAUAGCUAUUUAUUUCUUUGACAUCUGCUGGGAGGGCGGGCGCCACUACUGAGAAGGCCCUCUGCCUGGUUCCCUGCAACCCCACUUCUCCCAGUGAGGGAACCGCCUGAAGGCCCUCAGGGGUGGACCUCAGUAUCCUAGUUGAACGAUGGGGGUGGAGACGCUCCUUCAGGUAUACUGGGCUGAGGCCGUUUAGGGCUUUAAAGGUCAGUACCAACACUUUGUCACCCCUGUGCAAAUCACUGUUUUUUUGCUAAUAAAGAGUUAACUCCAACAUGCACAGUGUGAUUUACAGCCGGCUAGCUCCUAACAUGCCUGCUCCUUAUCACCAACCCGGUCAACAAUUUGGCUGCAGCUUUAUGAGCCAGUUGAAGUUUCUGAGCCCUUUUUAAAGGCAGCCCCAUGUAGAGCAGGUUGCAGUAAUCCAAGCGGGAUGGAACUAAGGCAUGUGCUGGGACAUCAGACAUCUCAAGGAACGGGCUCAGCCGGCGCACUAGUUUUAACUCUGCCAAUUCACUCCUGGCUACCGCAGAGACUUGAGUAUCCAUGCUCAGGGCUGAGUCCAGGAGCAUGUUCUAAUUGUGAGCCUCAGGAGGAGUGUAACCACACGCAACACGGGUUGAAUCCCUAUUCCCUGUCCUGCCUUACACGGCUGACCAAGAGUUUUGAUUUCCUUCACCCUCAUCCAGUCCACCACGGCUGUUGUUGUGCAGGUGACUAUGGGCUGCCAGGAGCAGGCAGGCAGGAUCCUGGCUGCAUCGCCCUGGCAAAGCUGGUGCCCAGCUGAGCAGGACUGCAGUUGGCAUUCUUCCCCCUUAAUCCCUUUAGAAGAAGAUAUGCAGAACCCUGGCAGUUCCAAGCUCUGAGAACUGGUUUUCAUGGACUGGUUCCAGUUCAGUAUGUUCAGUCCAUAAUGCUCAGUUCUCUAGCUCGGCUGCAUCUGACUUCAUAACUUGGGGACUUGGAAAGGCUGGCCUUUAUCCGAUGAAAUGGGUUUAUUUGUUUACACACUGUACAUUUCCCUUUCCUUUUUUAAGGACUGCUAUUCACAUUAGUUGGGACGCGGGUGGCGCUGUGGGUAAAACCUAGGACUUGCCGAUCGUAUGGUCGGCGGUUCGAAUCCCCGCGGCGGGGUGAGCUCCCGUCGUUCAGUCCCAGCUCCUGCCCACCUAGCAGUUCGAAAGCACUCUUAAGUGCAAGUAGAUAAAUAGGGACCGCUUUAUAGCAGGAAGGUAAACGGCGUUUCCAUGUGCUGCGCUGGUGCUGGCUCGCCAGCUGCAGCUUCGUCACGCUGGCCACGUGACCCGGAAGUGUCUUCGGACGGCGCCGGCUCACGGCCUCUAGAGCGAGAUGAGCACGCAACCCCAGAGUCGGACACAACUGGCCCGUACGGGCAGGGGUACCUUUACCUUUACCUAUUCACAUUGGUUAUUAUUUUUUAGCCAACUUUGCGUUUGGAAAAGUGUCUGUAGGGAUAAUAAUUACCAAUCGCCCAGUGUAAGAUUUUGGGCUGUUUUCCAUUGAGUUGCAAUUACGGCUCACGUUGCCGAGUUCAAGCAGAAGAGCAAUUAUUUUGACAAAUGUAUUUUACAUUGGUUUCAUCAAAAAAUAUUCAGCGACAUUCAUCUUGGAUAGCAAACAACAGUUUCUUUAGCAAUAUGUAUCAUUUCUGUCAAAACUAAGUUCCCAAAAUCUUUCACCAACUGAUAAUAUAGUACAUACCAAAGUCCAGUUUGUGUUAAAAUAAAGCUGCAAAAUGUGUACUGUUUGACUCGCUAAUUUCAGUUUUUUGCCUCUUCCUCAUAGAGUGCCAAAGUGGUUCUUUUGGAGGACCUGGCCUCCCACCUGGGCAUAAGGACACAGGUACGUGUUUGCAGGCCAGGCCACAGGUGCAUCAGCGACAGAGACACCGCCAAUCCAAUCCAUAUGUUUUGACACCGACCUCAUGGGAUGGUGUCCUAUCAGGACUGCAUAUCCUCUCUGUUGGCAUCCAGCGACGUUCACUGGGGAAAUGCGCUACCCUGUGUUAUCAUAGCACAGGAGAGGGGUUCCUGGACAUAAUGAGAAAAUUUGGCACAGUAAAUGAGAAAGCCCUAAAACUAGGAUUCUCGCCAAAUGCCACUCUUAAGCAGAGGCUUGACAGCCAUAUGUCAGGAGUGCUCUGAUGGUGUUUCCUGCUUGGCAGGGGGUUGGACUCGAUGGCCCUUGUGGUCUCUUCCAACUCUAUGAUUCUAUGAUUCACUCUUGCUGUGGAUUCUGCAAAAGGCAACAAAAACAUGCGCCAAUGCAUCUGGGAUGCCAAGUUGCAAAAUUAUAUAAACACAGUUUCCAUUUUUCCAGCUUUUAGAAUCAGAGCGGGCGUUUCUUCGUGGAGAUCAUCUGAUCCAUCUGACUAUUCCAAAAUUUAGGAAACCAUUUACCCAGGCUAAAUUUAAUGUGCUUCCAUCUGCAGUACAGGAGGGUAGUUGCAACAGUGCCAUACAAUGGGCGCUUAUGCCCCUGUCAAACAGAGAAAAUAGAAAAUGUGGAACAUGUUUUAUUGCAUGUCCUGUUCUUCCUAUUGUGAUAUCCGCCACCAUUUCACUAAUCAAAUUUUACAAAGUAUACUAGGCAGAUCUGAAGUGUUUUAUAUUGAUUAUCUUUUGGUUGACCAGUCUCCCGAGAUUAUCGCCAAGGUAGCUAGUUUUUGUGCGGCAGCGAUAGCUUGUCAGCGCAGGAUCUUGCCCUAACUUUAAAAUUGCUAACACCUUAAGUUGCUCCUCAUCAUUAAAUUAUCAUUGUUUUAUACUUCUCCCAUCUGUUUUUAUAUUCUGCAUUGUUUUUAAAUUCUGUAUUUAAUAUUGAACUUAAUGUAUCAUACUGUGUUUUACGUAUUUUCCUUUCUUCCUACCUUCUCAACUUGUUAUUGAUCGAAAUACAUAAAUAUAUAGGCAUUCCCUCUUCGCCUUUAAUGUAUGCUGAUGUGUAAGAGAAAUGUCCCCUGAAGCAGACACUUGCCAGGCCUUUGUGGAAAGGCUGGUGUGUCGUGGUGUUGUCUGAAAACAUGCCUCUGCACCUGGAAAUGUGAUAUUUGCUGCUUACGGGGUUUGUUUUUCCUCAACAGGAUGCAAUUAACAGAGUGCAAGACCUGAUGGCUGAUGGAACGCUCACAGGUAACAGUGAAAACAUUAUGGGGCCGAUCGCCUUGUUUAGACUGAAGCAGCAAUAUAGCAGCAGCAGCACCUGAACAUCUCUGGUUGAUUAUUUUUGAUAUUCAGCUGCUGUUUCAGCUUGGUCCCAGUGCUGAAAAUGCCAUCCGUCGGAGUAAAAAUAGUUGCAGAUGGGUCCAAAUGGUUGUUGUUGUUUAGUCGUUUAGUCAUGUCCAACUCUUCGUGACCCCCUGGACCAGAGCACGCCAGGCACUCCUGUCUUCCACUGCCUCCCGCAGUUUGGUCAAACUCAUGUUUGUAGCUUCGAGAACACUGUCCAACCAUCUCGUCCUCUGUCGUCCCCUUCUCCUUGUGCCCUCCAUCUUUCCCAACAUCAGGGUCUUUUCCAGGGAGUCUUCUCUUCUCCUGAGGUGGCCCAAGUAUUGGAGCCUCAGCUUCAGGAUCUGUCCUUCCAGUGAGCACUCCGGGCUGAUUUCCUUCAGAAUGGAGAGGUUUGAUCUUCUUGCAGUCUAUGGGACUCUCAAGAGUCUCCUCCAACACCAUCCAUUCUUCGGCGAUCAGCCUUCUUUCUGGUCCAGCUGUCACUUCCAUACAUCCAAAUUAGCACAACUUAAACGUCAAGGAUUACUUCUGAGAAGACUCGCGUCUGGCCGUUGCUGGCUGACCAAAAACUGAGAUAGUAGAAAACAUCAAACAUUAAAAACUUCCCUGAACAGGGCUGCCUUCAGAUGUCUUCUAAAAGUCAAGUAGUUGUUUGACAUCUGAUGGGAGGGCAGUCCACAGGGAGGGAGCCAAGAAGCCUGCCACAUUGCUAUACUGGGGUGGAGGAGAUGCUUUAAAAAAAGGCUGAUUGAAUUUUUGUAGAGGGGGGCCAUCAACUCUUUCCUCCUCCAUCAAGCGACUUGCUCCAGGCAACACAUCCUGCCUCGCCCUUGGCUGGUGAUGAUAGAGUGAUAGAGUAGGCAAACCUGCCAAGAAGAGUAAAAGCAAACCCACCCACCCCCAUUAAUUAGUGGGACACUUAAAAUCACAUUUAGGCCCCUAAUGGAACCAAUUUGUCAAUUAGAGGUUACAGGCCUAAGUAUUUAUAUCGUGCAGCCAAAUCCAAAUCUUUGGAGACGGGCUGAUUAAGAAAUCCUAGCUAGGCAAUAAAACGAAUGUAGAAAGAGCAGCUUGCGGAGCUUAAUUCUGGUUUGGCCUUGCCUCUAGGCGUAAUCGAUGACAGAGGAAAGUUCAUCUACAUCACGACGGAGGAAAUGACGGCCGUGGCCGACUUCAUUCGGCGGAGGGGACGCGUCUCCAUUACAGAACUGGCUCAGCAAAGCAAUUCUCUCAUCAACCUAGAACCCGAAGCCAGGGCAAUCGCUAAGGGGGUUGCAUAAAAAGGCAAUUUUUACACGCUCAGAGGAAAUAAAGUGUGGUUAUAAAACGGGUGUCUCCAUCAAAUUUUUGUUUUCCUUGUCAUUUCAUUUAUAUGCC